CCUCCUCUCUCCGCCGUGUUUCGGGGGUUUUCAGUCCGCGCCGAGCGGGAGCGGAUUGCGGGAGAGGCCGAGAAGGGGCUGCGGAGCGGUUGCACAGGGGCGGUGCGGGUCAGGCGUGCUGCGGGCAGCCCGCACGGUGAGGGGGUGCGGGGCCCUUGGUGAGUGGCUGCGCCGCGGCGGCAGAGCGGGGUGAGGGCCGAGGCACAUUUGCAGCCCCAGCCACAAGCCAGGCUCCUCCCGGUCCCAUCCUCCUCACGGAGCGUGGUGGGAGGCGAUUCCCUGUGCUGCUGCUGCUGUCCUUGGUGUGUCUGCCCCUCACCUUGUGGCUCUGUGUGAGGCAGGCAGGUCGAUUCCCGUGGGAUUGUCCCGGACAGAGCAGCUUGGACUGACCCCAGCCUUUCCCUAGAUUCCAGAAUGAGUUCCAUGCUGAGCUCUGCCCUGCGGAACCUCCCCGUGUCCUCAGCGUGGGCUGCCGGGGCCCUUGCUCGAUCACUCAGCUGCUCCUCGCAGUUCCAAGCUGCAGUCCAGCCCAAGACUAAGAAGACCUUGGGCAAAACUGGGGUGAAGAAUGUGGUGGUGGUGGAGGGUGUCCGCAUUCCCUUUCUGCAGUCUGGCACCACGUAUGCUGAUCUGAUGCCACAUGACUUAGCCAGAGCAGCACUGCAGGGCCUGCUGACCCGGACCAGUGUCCCAAGGGAUGUUGUUGAUUACAUUGUUUAUGGCACAGUUAUCCAGGAAGUGAAAACGAGUAAUGUUGCCAGAGAGGCUGCCUUGGGAGCGGGGUUCUCUGACAAAACUCCGGCCCACACUGUCACCAUGGCCUGCAUUUCCUCAAACCAGGCCAUGACCACAGGUGUGGGGAUGAUCGCGGCUGGCCAGUGCGACGUGGUGGUGGCUGGGGGCGUGGAGCUCAUGUCCGACGUCCCCAUCCGCCACAGCAGGAAGAUGAGGAAGACGAUGCUGACCCUGAACCGAGCCAAGACCCUGGGCCAGAAACUCUCCCUCAUUUCCAAGAUUCGUCCUGACUACUUUGCUCCUGAGCUGCCAGCUGUGGCAGAGUUCUCCACCAGCGAGACCAUGGGGCACUCUGCCGACCGCCUGGCCGCCGCCUUCGGCGUCUCCCGCCAGGAGCAGGACGAGUACGCCCUGCGCUCCCACACGCUGGCCAAGAAAGCCCAGGAUGAGGGGCUGCUGCAGGACGUGGUGCCCUUCAAAGUGCCAGGCAAGGACACAGUUACCAAAGAUAAUGGGAUCCGGCCGUCCUCCAUGGAGCAGAUGGGAAAACUGAAACCAGCGUUUGUCAAGCCCUAUGGAACAGUCACAGCAGCCAACUCCUCCUUCCUGACCGACGGAGCGUCGGCGAUCCUGAUCAUGUCUGAGGAGAAGGCCCUGGCCAUGGGAUACAAACCAAAGGCCUACCUAAGGGAUUUCGUGUACGUGUCCCAGGAUCCCAAGGACCAGCUGCUCCUGGGCCCCACCUACGCCACUCCCAAAGUGCUGGAGAGGGCUGGGCUCAGCCUGAGUGACAUCGAUGUGUUCGAGUUCCACGAGGCUUUUGCUGGGCAGAUCCUGGCUAACCUGAAAGCCAUGGAUUCAGAUUGGUUUGCACAGAACUACAUGGGCAGGAAGUCAAAGGUUGGAGCCCCUCCCCUGGACAAGUUCAACACCUGGGGGGGCUCCCUGUCCCUGGGACACCCCUUUGGGGCCACGGGCUGCCGCCUGGUCAUCACUGCUGCCCACAGGCUGAAGAAGGAGGGGGGACAGUACGGCCUGGUCGCCGCCUGUGCUGCAGGAGGGCAGGGACACGCGAUGAUCGUGGAGCUUUACCCCCAGUAACCUCCGUCCUGUGCCUGGCAAUGCCAUUUCAAUGCACUAAUAAAUCCUACACCCAAUCCUUCUUGGAGAGGGGAUUUGUGGCCUUUAUCAAUCUCUUUUAGCUACUCAGCCAGUAAUUUUUAUCUAAUGAGCACGCUCUAUUCCACUUCCAGGAGAGAAACAGUUAACAUGGCUCUGAGUCUCUGUGGGCUCCUUGUAACUGUCUGAUCCCUCUGGUAACUCUUCAGGAUUUCUCCCACUGGGGAGCAAAAGUUAUUCCAAAGCUCUGUAUGGAGAAUUAAAUUUGGAGAUGAGGAGAAUGUGAAGCAGUGGAGGUGGGUGGGCUGAGAGGGGAGGUAAUGCUAUGGGGAGGAGCAGUUCUUUGGGGCAGCAGGUUCAGUGCUAGGGGCUGAGCUGGGCUCUGAGGGGGCCGUUUGAUCCAUGCUGUCCAGUUGCUGUUGGAAUGAGCAAAUUGCAUCUGACAAAUGAAUGUCGCUGAUGGAACUGCAAUAAAUCAGGACAAAACCCA